AGUUGUACAAAUGCGUACAUGGUAUUUGUUUUCUAUUAAUGGGAGACGCGGAAAAGGGGGUGAGUUUGAUAAUAAAUGUGUAAGUGGGAAGUUUUUCGUUAUUGUUUAUAUCCGAGGAACGGGGGGGGGGGGGGGGGGGGUGGGGGGGGGGGGCGGGGGGGGGGGGGGGGGGGGGGGGGGGGGGGGGGCACCUGAUGAUGACGGGGAAACACCAGCAAGGCAAUUCAAUUCCCCUCUUAACCCGGCAGGUACAACAGUGGAAACUACGACACACAAAAAUGAUUUACAACAUCACUUGUUGGAAAAUAAUAUCUUAUCUCAAGACUUGUUAGCAAAUAACAUCUUAUUUCGGAAUUAA